CGGUUUUAGUAUCAAGCCGGCCUUAACGCCGCGAGAACUCCAAUAUUUUCUUCAUAAAUCGCUUAUGAGUUUGUGAUUUACUUUUUUAUUUAAACUCUGUGCUUCAACAAUUCAAAUUGUUUUGCUAAGUGAAUUAGAAUAAAAUUCUUAAACUGUUAUUAAUUAAUCUAAGGACCAAAACGGUGAGAUUAAUGUGAGCGCCAAAGUAUCUAAAGACAACCGAGGAAAAGAGAGAAACUCUUGAGAGAGAUAUUGCAACAUGCGCAGGACGUCGCUUCUCCUCACACUUUAUGGUUUCUUAUUAGCCUCGGCUGUGUCAGCGGCCUUAAAAAACGGGCGGACGAAAUUUAAAAUAGCAACUACCAGCAGCACAACAGAGCCAUCAGCUUCAUUAGAUAAUGAUGAACCCGAAAUUGAUGGUAAUAAAACCGAGGUGGUGGAUGGAAAUUCUACAGCCACUCACAAUUUAACAGGAAUUCCGCAAAUUGAUUACAUAUGGGAUCCAAAUCUACCGCGGGAAUUGAACGGAUACAAUUUAAGUGAUUAUCCUUUUUACGAAACCAUUCCCAAGGACAUAGACUUCAAGUGCGAUGGCCUCCACGACGGAUUUUACGCCAGUGUACCUCACAAAUGCCAGGUUUACCAUCACUGUCUCUACGGCACUAGGUACGAUUUUCUAUGCGCAAACUUCACGGCGUUUGAUCAAAAAACUUUCAUCUGCCAUUUUGUCUCGGAAAUCGACUGCGCUAAUUCCAAGAAAUAUUGGCACCGGAACGACGCGCUUUAUCAAGCAGCGAGCACUACAACAAUCGCACCUCCAACAACUACCACCACAACAACGACAACAACAACAACGACAACAAUAGCUCCAGAAUUUGCAGAAAAUCCGCGAUCGUCUGGCAGAAGACGUCGACCCUUUAGAAGAAGGCCCGCGUAUGAUUACUACGACCAAGAUUACUACGAGGACGAUUACGAGCGACCUCGAACCCGUGGGUCUGGUUACGAUCGCCGCGAUGACUAUGAUUACGACGAUCGCCAGCAGUACAACGCCCGCAACAGAGACCGUGAUCGAGACCACUUUCGCGAUCAUCCGAGAGAUCGUGAUAGGGAUUAUCGCGAUCGCGAUCAGGUUUCGCGGCCACGCGAGUACACUUCUGAGAGACCGGUUGCCAGAGAUGAGGAGGAUGCUGGCAGGCGUGACCGAUUUCCCGCGAGGAACAACCGAAGAGAUCCACCCAGAGUUGAUGAUACUCAGCGAUACGAUCGAGGUAGAUUCGCUAAAGAAGAAUACGACGAAGAAACAACCAGCGAAGCUCUGGUGAAACCCUUAGCUCCCAGUACAUCAGUUUACGCGCGACCAAGAGCGCCUCCGAAAAUCCGACGACCGGUUCCGCUGUCCGAGCAAGAUCGAUUCGCUUACAAAGCGUCGUCUGUUCAACCGAUUGUCGGAGAACACAAACGUACAACAUCAACAACCGAGUUACCAGUCGCUCGUGAUCAAGAUUAUUACGAGGACGAGCUAGAAGAGCGACCGGCACGAAGACCUAUGAGAAGAAGACCAUAUCGGGAACGCGACAGACACCUUUAUGAUCGAGAACGAGAUCGACCAUUAAGACCGCGGUACCGAGAGGAGGACGAGGAAGACAUGAGACCCGCUCGAAAGUACCCUGAACGUCCCCGAGACAGAUACUACGACCGAAAUCGUGACCGGGCCCUGGACCGAGAAAAAGACCCAGUAACUGGUCCCGGGGACCGUGAGAGAGAUCACAGACCGUUGCGACGUCCCGGAUUGAGAGACAAAGAGACCGAUCGACUUCCUGAAGAGAUCCAGUCCAAGCCUAUAAAUCCUCUUUCACAAGAUAAUGAGGACACGUCUAAAGAUCGUGACUCGACUCCGCGCCCGAUUGAAGAUCCUAAGGAGCUUACUGAACCGUCUAAGCCUCUAGAACCGGAUUAUCCUUCAGAAGACGAGUAUUACGACGAAGAAGAAUCUUUUUCUUCGACUUCGUCCUCCUCUGCGCCAAUUUCGAGCACUCUGGCGCCCAAAAUGACAGUGAGGAUCGUCAAGCGGCCUUUUCUUCCCUCGAGAGGCGGAAAUCCGAACCCUCGCGGCCUCUAUGCCGUCGGUGUGAAAGCUCCCGACUCUGGGAAUCCCAGCAUCUUGAUAAAGACUCUCUCUCACUCUCAGAAGCGACCUGUCAAUUUAUCCGAGCAAGAUAAAUUGUACGACGCUUACAAAAUCAUUGAUGUCGAUCAGAAAAAAAGGAUCGAGGAGAAUUACGACGAUUGGAAAGUCGAAGAAAAGAUAGAGGACAAAGAACCUCGCGCUCCGUUGGCCAAUCGGGGAAAUUAUCGUUUUAAUAAUAAUAAUAGUAAUACUAAUUACGGUAAAGAUGUGACCGGACCGAGCAGCUUGGCCAAGCAGAGGCUCAAUGAAGUUCCUCAUAAUUUGCAAGAAAUUCCCGAGAGCGAGUACGACGAGGCGCUAAAUGAAGCUCUCACUCCGGCGUUUAAUCAAGACCCUCUGCCCAGCGGAUUCGUGCUUCCUCUACAGAGACAAAUCAAUCGAGAACCGGCUCUGCAACCUUCCGAAAAUAAUUAUCGCGUAAGACCUUUUAAAGCCGAACAGAACCACCAAUUAAACUCGCCGCAAAAAAGUUUUCCUCCAACUCCCGGAUUUUUUCCUCUAACGCGAAUCAAUGACGAAAGACCUACUGCUUCUUCACAGUUCUUCAAGACUCCUGAAGUCGUUCACGUUGGAACGUACAAUAGACAAGCGGAGAGAAAUCCUUGGCAUGAUUACACUGGUUAUUGAAUUAGAGAUAAAGUUUAUCGAUUAUUUUAUAGAUUUUAAUAAUUUAGGUCGAAUUUAUUUUUUUAUUUAAGAUUUCUUCGACUGUCUUUAAUUUUUAUUUUAUUUA